CGCCUUGAGCAACACGUUAUAAACAAAGCAACGCCUGCCCUCACACUGCAACUGUCUGCUCUGACGAGAGUCACCGAGAGGCAAAGAAGGAAAGACACAAACACGUUUUUGGGGACAUUCUAAGAGAGGAGCACUGGUCUCAGGACAAUCACAAGUCAAACCCACAGGCUCUGCAGAUUUUUGAUAUGGAUGACAUCCAGACUGAGACAAAAGGCCUGCUGGUUGACAAGGAACUGCCCGGUCUCAGAGAGGCCGUGCUGCAGCUCGUUGUCAAGGAACACGAUGUUGAGACUCCUUAUGGAAGAAUCCACUGCACAAUGAAGGGCGUUCCCAAGGGAGAGCGGCCCGUCAUCCUCACCUUCCAUGAUGUUGGACUGAACUACAAAACCUGCUGGGACACGCUCUUCAACCAUGAAGACAUGUCGGAGAUCAUGCAGCACUUUGCCGUGUGUCACGUUGACGCCCCCGGGCAGCAUGAGGGCGCUAAUACCUUUUCCACCGGAUAUGAAUACCCUUCUAUGGACCAACUGGCCGAGACACUCCCAUUGGUGCUGAAGCAUUUUGGGCUGAAGACUGUGAUUGGAAUGGGCAUCGGAGCUGGAGCUUACGUUCUGACCAGAUUUGCUCUGGACUACAGCAACCUGGUGGAGGGUCUCCUGCUGAUCAACAUCAACCCAUGUGCUGAAGGAUGGAUGGACUGGGCCGCACACAAGAUCAGUGGCUGGACCCACGCCAUGCCUGACACCAUCAUCACCCACCUCUUCGGAAAGGAGGAGAUCCACCACAACCAGGACCUGAUUGCGACCUAUCGCCACCACAUCAGCAACGACAUGAACCAGUUCAACCUGCAUCUCUUUGCCAAGGCUUAUGAAAGUCGAAGAGAUCUGGAAAUCGAGAGGCCAUGCCCUGGCUACAGUGUCAGAACUCUCAAGUGUCCUUCUCUGCUGGUGGUUGGCGACAACUCCCCCGCUGUGGAGGCCGUGGUUGAGUGCAACACCAAACUGGACCCCACAAAGACCACGCUGCUGAAGAUGUCUGAUUGCGGUGGCAUGCCCCAGGUUGACCAGCCUGCAAAACUGACAGAAGCUUUCAAGUACUUCAUUCAAGGGAUGGGAUACAUGCCAGCUGCCAGCAUGACCCGCUUGGCCCGCUCCCGCACCGCCUCUGGCUCCUCCUACGACGGCAACCGCUCCCGCUCCCACACCACCGAGGGCAGCCGCAGCCGCAGCCACACGGCCGGUCACUCUCAGACAGAAAGCUCCGCAGCCGGCACGGCCAACAGCAGCGCUGAUAAAGCUGUCCCCAAAUCCACUGAAGUGUCCUGCUAAAGUGAGCCCUCACUCUCUGGACACCCACACCUCUUAACAUUCCUUCAGUUUGUGCUGCGCUGCCUCUAACACACACACACAUUUCAACACACACACACACACACACAACAACAUUUACGUGGAGAGAGGGACACUAAGAUUUGUCAAAACGCACAAAAGUACACUCACCUGCAGGGUAUUCUGCACAGCUGAGCAAAAACAAACACGUCUUGACUAAGAGGUCAAGGGUCAGCGAGAGGUUUUGGUCAUCGUGAGGAACACUAACCCACCUGGAGAGUAGAUACUGCAAAAAAUACUUGAUCAGAUGAGUGUGUAAUUAGAGGCAACGCAGCAUUUUGGGAACGCUGAAGCAGAAAAUGUCAGAGAAAGCUGUGGCUGCAUUUGUUGGUGUACUGCUCAUAAUCUCUCAUACAUAUUAAAACUGUUUUCAUUUCUGAAUGUCUUCAUUUAGUUUUUACUUUUUUUUAUCAUAUCGACGCAGCUUUCUCAAAUAUAUCUUGACUGUAAAUGACUGUUUCCUGUUCCCACUGUGAUUGUUUGAUCGUUUGUUCCACGUGGCUGGGGUCGGUACGCAGGAGCAGCGGUUCAGAUAGACAAAAGGGAGGCAUCUGGGAAAAUUGAACACAAAUCAACAUUUUCUCCUAUUAAUAUUCACCAUCCCAGCAUUUUUAUUACACUCUUCACUUCACCUCUGCUGUCAAUCAAAAUUCAAAUUCAGAAACGUCUCCAUCGCACGCUUUAUUAUUGGAAUGUGACCGGAGACAACAAAGUUUGUUUGUUUCUUUGUUUGUUUUUUAACAAUGAUUUCUAUGCAAUCAAUCACAAUGGAACCAAGAUGUGCCAAGGAAUUGUUCACUGUUGUAGAUGAGAUGCUCCCAUAUGGUUGUGGAUUUUGGGUGAGUGAAGUGAGCGCUCCACAUGCUAACAUGCGGAUAACCAUAUAACUUACCUGACACCUGCUCCUCCUGUGUUUCUCUUGCACUGCAGCGGCGUUUCUGCUUGUUAGAAUACAUACAUAUAAUUACACAGCUUUGUAAAGAGGCAAUGCACAAACAAUAUAAGGCUGUAGAAAAAGCAUUAAGCAACUUAACAGUUUGUAUUUAUUAAAAAAAUGACAAUAAAAAAACUUAUAACAGA